CCAGGCCUUGAAGUUGAAAGUUACAAGUGAAAGAAGUAUCUAUGAAAGUUCCCCUUUAAAAAGGCAGAAAGAGAGACAAUAGAAAGAUGUCGGAGCCUACACAUAAGUACCGCUAUAAAAACGUGGGACUGAAUUCCCAAGAGCUUAGAAGGCGGCGUGAAGAGGAAGGAGUCCAGCUGCGAAAACAGAAAAGGGAACAGCAGCUCUUCAAACGUCGUAAUGUUUUUAUGCCAGGAGCACCAGAUGAAGAAGGCAGUAUGCAGGAAGAUAUCUUGUCUCUCAUCAGUGCACCAAGUAUCACACCAGGCAUGGUACAGGCACUCUAUAGCAGUAGUGUGGAAGAUCAGCUGACUGCCACACAGAAAUUUCGAAAACUCUUAUCCCGUGAACCAAAUCCACCUAUAGAUGAAGUUAUUCAGACUGGAAUUGUCCCACGUUUUGUAGAAUUUCUUCAAAACAAUACCAACUGCACACUUCAGUUUGAAGCAGCAUGGGCUUUAACCAACAUAGCAUCAGGUACUUCGAUGCAGACUCGCAUGGUAAUUGAAGCUGGUGCUGUUCCAAUAUUCAUCCAGCUCCUGGCAUCGGAAUAUGAAGAUGUGCAAGAACAAGCAGUUUGGGCUCUAGGCAACAUUGCAGGUGACUCUCCAGAAUGCAGAGAUUAUGUGCUGGACACAGGAAUACUUGUCCCUCUUCUUCAGUAAGUUUGUCAAUAUAAA